CUUUUGCUUUCAGUACGUCUUUGUCUUUCCACUGCUACCGAUGUACGCGGACGUGUCGCGACGGUGCUCUACGCAGUUAAGGGGAUACUUGGCACUUGGAAGGAGCAGAGCAAUUAAAAGGAUUGCAAGAUGAAAAUCCUUUGAAGUGGGAGUGAAUCAAGGCGUUUUCAAUCGCAAUCGGUGCUCCUCAAGUUCCGUGCGUGUGUGUUUUGUGAGGUUGUAAUAGGUUCUGUUGGUGCAAGUUUUCGGGAAGAAAGGAUUUCCUGAAACCUUUAGUGUCUCGCGUUAUCGAUUGUGCACAAACCUGUCAUCGUCGUGCGUUGCUGACGAAAGCAUGAAAUGAAUUAAAAAUUCAACCAACACUCCAAGGAGAAAGAAAAGGCCAUUGGCGAUCUUGGUUGUGCAUGAUAUAAGAGUUAGGAAAGCAAAACGAGAUGAAAUGGAAGCUGCUGCCAAGAUGAAGUGGUGUCAGAGUGUAGUUCAUACGUAGAGGAUUCGAAGGAAGAAAAAAAGCAAGAAGGAAAGAAAAUCGAUCUAAACCGCGAGCAAUCAUACAAAAAUCUUGCUCUCUCUCGCUCACUGCUGGAUCCCUUCGCGUGUCUCCACGAUUCGACUCACGAACGAGUAUCUCGUCGUAGUAACAGCGUCGUGUGUUGUGUUUGUUGUCCACACCACGUGCAUAUGGUUGAGUGAGAUAUAUCCUUGUGUCAGAGUGUGUGUGUGUGCGCGCUACAGAGGUAUUUAACUCUGUACUGGUUGUACAACAUCACGAAGAGCGUAGCGUAGCGAAGAAUCAAAACGUGUAUGUUUUGGGUGAAGAAGGUCACCAGAUAUUGUGUGUUGGCUUGUGGUCACAGCUCUCUACCCUAACCUACCCUCCCCACCCCAUCCAAUUUGAUCCAAUGUCUUAUGUAUCAGAUGUGCUCGCCAGUGCCACCACAACUCCGUGAAGAAAAAAUGGUUUCGAGAAAAUUGUAAAUAAUAAAGUAUAUCAAAGCCAACGCACCUCGCGAAGCAAGCAAAAAUCGAAUUCCAUUCGCCAAAAUUGCCAAAGUGUAAUUGAUAUAUUGUGCAAUCCCCCUCUCGGAAAAUUGGCCAAACAUGAGCCAAGAGAAAACCAAUGGCCUCGAAGGCGAGUCCAGCCGGGCUUCGAGCAGCUGUAGCACCGCGGCGGAGUCCGCCAGCACCGUCGGGAAGCCCAAAGGGCUCAACGAGAGCGUCCAGCAGCAGUACACCCGUUUUGCGGAUUACUUUGUCAUCUGCGGGCUGGACCUGGACUCUGGCCUUGAACCUGAUCUGUUUGCAGGUGACAGUCUACAGUGUUCUCCGUUAGACCGGGCGUACAAGAGCAAACCGUUGGCGCACUACCCGGAGAAUGUCGCGUGGAACCCGUUCGACGCGCACGGCAUCUGCAUGCUGUCCCUGCCCCAGGGGUUGCGUUUCCGAACGCAGAAACACAACAUCGAGCCGCGGUUUCACGCGUUCGCGACAACCCGCGAGGACGGCAAGCGGUGCUACGGGUUCAGUCUGGUGUUCUACGAGGAGGUCCGCAACCGGCAGAUCUGCAGUGCCAUGCACACGCUCCAGUCGAUGUACAUCACGGAGGUGUCCAGUUCGCAGCAACCGCCGCCGGGGACGCUGCGCCGGGUCAAGGAGAGUCCGGUGAGCCGAUCGCUGCCGCGGCACUUUAAGAUUGCCGCACAAGCGCCCGCUUCGGCGCUCAGCUAUUACGAUAUUACUAAGGAUAAGCUGUACGUAGCGAAAAGCCUUUCGCUAGUCUGUCAGGUGCCGUACGCUCACAUCGCUGAGCUGUUUCUUCAGAAUCUCUUCAAGUGUCUUCCCCGCCAUCCCGGUUCUCGGCUGAGUCUCGAGAGCUACGUGUACAACAUACUAUACGAAGUGUCCACGCCCCCGCCCGGCAAGUCCAUCCGAAUAUACAUACCACCGGAAGAGCCUCACCUACCUCCCAUCGCCACCAUCCUGCAGCGUCCCGCUCUCAAAGACGAGCUUCCCUUCAUGGACUUUCCCCUCAGGCUACUGUUCACCUUUCUCAGCGUUGACUGCGUAAUCCAGCUGUUCACCUGCGUCCUGCUGGAGAACCAAGUUCUGCUACGAUCCGUCGACUACCAGAAGCUCACCAUCAUCGCCGAGUGCAUCACUUCCCUGCUCUUCCCCUUCCAAUGGCAGCACGUGUACGCGCCCAUCCUCCCGGCUUCGCUGCACCACUUCCUCGACGCACCCGUCCCGUUCGUAAUGGGACUUCACUCGGACUGCGACAGUAGCAUGCGCAUCGGUAGCGAAGCCAACCUGUGCUACGUUGACAUCGACAAAAAGUGCGUCCAACUCCCAGAAGAGCUGCCCGCGUUCCCACACCGGCACGAUUUUAUCGCGGAGAUCAGUGCCGCGCUGGACAAGUACCAAGUACCUCGGGAUCGCUCGCUCGACCCGCCCUCCAUCCUCAGUCCGAAGAAUCUCCUCAAGGACCACGACAUGAUGACGACGAGCUGCACUCUCCCCACCGGAAUGCACGUCCGGAGGAAACACUCACUGCACGACGUCCUCGACUGGGACCGGCCCAACUCACCAGACCUUCCACUACCCCCGGCCGGCGUUCCCUCCCGGCCCGACGUUCGCCAGCGCAUCGUGGACAUUGUGCGGCGCAGCGGCGGCGACGAGGUCGACUCCAGCCCGAACGAGGUGAUGCCCAGCACAAAACAGAAGACGCCGCUCACCACGCUGGAGCAGUACUACGAAGAUCUGAGACUGAACAACUCCAUCCGGGAGAUCUUCCUGAACCGGUUCGUGCAGAUGUUUGCCGCGUACGAGCAGUACGUCAUCCUGCCGAAUCAGGCCCGCGAGGACUGGCUGAGCAACCGCGAGUCGAUGCACAACUUCGACAAGGCGUCCUUUCUGUCCGACCAGCCGCAGCACCACCGGCCCUUCCUGUCGCAGUUCCUCGAGAGCCAGAUGUUUGUGACGCUGAUCGACAACAAGAUCAUGAUGUCCUGGGGGGACGACGGCGGCGGUGGCUGCUCGCUGGACAGCAUCAACGGCGACGUGGAGUACAAUCUGAAGCUGUUCGACAAUCGAAUCAAGAUUUUGAGGAAACGGUACGGUGGCGAGAGCAUGAUCCGGACCGCCAACUACGAGCCGUGUCUGCUGGCGCGGGAAACGCAAAAACUGCUGGACAAGCGGCUGGCCAGCAUCGACAUGGAGGUGGCGCCGCCGAGUGAAAUUCUGGACAAGCGCCCGCCGUACUACCGGAGCUUUCCGUUGCUGGAGAAGUCCGCGCUGAACCAGGAGUGCGCCUCGAGAGGAAACAGCUUGCGGCGGGUCAAGAACGGCUCCAAGUGGAAGGUGAAAGAGAUCUCGCUGGACGGGGGCAAUAAGGAGAACGACGGCGGCGGCAACAAGUCCAACCGGAACUCGGCCAACCUGUCCGGGACGGAGAUCAGCCCGGCGUUGAUGGCGCAAGCCAACUGGACCUUCGUGGAGAAGCUGCUGAAGGACUGCAAGAGCAAAACCAAACGGAUGCUGCUAGAGAAGAUGGGAACGGAAGCGAUCGAGCUGGGACUCAGCGGAGAGGCUUCGGUGACCGGAGUCGAGGAGAACACGAUGAUCGCGUCGCUGUGCGACCUGCUGGAGAAGGUUUGGUCGCACGGGCUGGUAAACAAACAGGGAAAGUCCGCACUGUGGACGCAUCUGACGGCCUACCUGGAGAUCAAGGACUGCCAGAAUCCGAGCAAGCAAAUCGACACCAACUAUCUGACGCCAGACGUAGCCAGCUGCACUACCCCUAAAUCAAGCUUGACUAGCAAAGGCAAACACUCAAAGCACACCAUUAGUCCCAUUAUUGUGUCACCUGUCGUCAGUAAUUACGGUGGUAGUCCCGAUACUAGCAAUACCGGUAGUCGUAAGAACAAACUGAACAGCAUAAUCCGGCUCAAGCGUAACACCACCAACCAGUCAAAGCCCCCGAUGGUGGCCCGUCGGAACGAACCGAUCUCGCUCUCCUCGCCGGAGAUAUCGCCGACGGUUCCGAAACGACUGAGCCACUUUGUUCUCCCCAAUAUCAUAGCCAAUCUGGUCGGUAACAAGUACGCCAGUGUCCCCAGCUCGGACAACGGGUACGGUAGUAUCAACGAUCUUUCAUCGCUGGCGAUUGAACCGGAGAUUCCACCGUCACCGACGCGCGGUCGUUCCAAGUCACGGGACCGCAAAAGUCUGGGACCUGAGCAGCUACGUCCGCUACCUGAAUCUCUAGAGUUCGACAUUAGAAACAUUCUCUCGAUGACGGACAUCAAGACGCACAUCGGCUACGCCCGGGCCUGGGUGCGGCUCGCCCUGGAAAAGAAACUCCUCUCCCGUCACCUGCGCUCUCUGCUCUCCGAUACCGCCCUGCUGCGGCAGCUUUACAAACGGUCCGCCUUUGUGCGCUGCGACGACGAGGUCGAACAGUUCCUGUACCACCUGCUGACGCUGAACGCGGUGGACUACUUUUGCUACACCAACACGUACCCCACGGCCAAGCUGCCGUACCGUGUGGUGAUAUUCCCGUCGAAGAAGGGCUCCGCCGCGACCACCUCGGCCAACGUGGUGAUCGCCAUUUCAGGCACGCUGGGCGAAACGCAGCUAAUCAACGUGCCGCGGCACUCGCUGGAGUUUGUGUUCCAUCAUAAAACGCUCGGAAUACUGACUUCGCUGCGGAUAGGUCACGACGACACCGGAAUGUCCUCUAAGUGGCUGGUGGAACACGUUGUCGUGCGGAACGAGGUCUCCGGACAUACGUACAAAUUCCCCUGUGGUCGCUGGUUGGGUCGCGGCAUCGACGACGGUUCCAUCGAGCGGCUGCUCAUCGGACAGCUCGUGCCACGGACCGUAGACAGUGAAGAGCUGGUUGAAGCGUGCCGGACACCUCCGCGAACGCGCAGUCCAAGCAUCCAGCGGCCCGAGGUGCGUCCCUCGGACAUCCAGCACAUGUUGGGAGAUUCCGUGAACGCGAUUGUCAAGUGGCACUACCGACCAAGUCGGGAGCGGGACGCCAGCUCGUUGACGAACCUGCUCUGCGGCGAGAACGGCCUAGUCAAGUGUUUGGAGCAGGCGUUCCUGUGCGGGUUCCGCUCGCAGCGUAUGUUCGGACGGAAUCUGUACCUCUGGGAUUACUUCGUGCGGGUCAAGGAACAGUUCGAGACCAGUUUGGUUGAAGAAUCGGUCGAGUUGGUACGGGGUGGCGGCUCGGUAUGCAACUCACCGCCGACGAGCGGGUCGAGUCCGGAGUCUCCUCCGCAAGGGUCCACCACGGUGCUUCCUCCGGUGGCGCGUCAGGAGCUGUCCGCCGUAUGGCGCUGCUACUGCCAUCUGAUGGACGAAAUCAACAACGUGAAGCAGACGCUUGGCAAAGAUGGACGCUUCCAGCUGUUCAUUUGCUUGAGCUUAAGGGAACACCUCCUGCACCGGAUGCUAGUUCCGAUGGCGUACACCCGGGUGACGACCGAGAUGUACGAGGAGCAGAGCUUCAUGCGCAAAAAGGGACUACUCACCUUUUUGCGGCAGAUCAUGGAACCCCUGGACGAGUUUCACAUCGUGCUCGAGAACUCCAUCACGCAAGGUAUCGGAUCUCACUGUUAAGCGGCAGGCAGCUACCGUACUCGCGACUACGAAACCUAGGUCAAUACAGGCAAAGAGGUGCGAGAGAGGAUGGACAUCUCUCUCUUCGAGACAAUUGUUUUCUCUCUCACAGAAAGCAGAAGAGAGAUACCUGCUGUUUUGCACGGGAAUACGAUUCUACCGAAGAGAUAGAAGGUUGCUCUUUUCGCAGUUCAGUUGAGGAGGUAUUAGACUACGACAAACAAACUCACACUUUUUGUGUUUGACAGUUGGCGAAACUCGCAAACAAAUGUAUGCAGUUUGUUUGUUUGUUUGUCGUAGUCUUAUACCUUCUUUAGUACGGGAAGAUACAGAAAUUUCUGUGAGUUUAGAAUAAACAAUUACUAUGCGUGUGUGGGAACACAUAAUACUCACUAACUUCUGAUUAGAAUUUACGUCUUUUUUGUUAAUUUUAUAUGCAACCUCGUUCGUAUAGCAAUUAUGAGAACUGAAGCGAAACUGAAUAAUCGAAAUCGAUGGCCAAAGAUAAUAGAGCAAUUUUUUGUUCCUGAGAUGUUAUUCAUAUUUUUUCCCCAAAUUGUUUUUAUACGUUUAGUAUAGAUUUUAGGUUUGAUUUGUUGUUUUUCCGUUGAACGUACUUUGUUCCGUUCCAAUUUUCUUCCAUUAGGUUAACGGUUAUGUUAAUUUCGUCGUCGCGAAAAAGUUUGUGCCAAAAUGAGAAAAUUUGAUAAUGAGAAUAAGUUAAACUAAAACUUUGAAACUCACAACAAUCGAUUUCGUUAGCCAGGCAAGCGAAACAAAAAUUAAAUAAUCACGAGUGAUUGAAACACAAAGCACGGUUUAGCGAGCAUGUAAAUUUAUCUAUCAGAGUAAAAUCUCAAAUGAUUAAAUGUGUGAUAAUAAUUACUAAAGAGAAACAAACAAGGACACAAACAGCCGCAGACCAGCGGUACCAAAACGAAGUUGAUUUAGCUUACCAGCAAUUUGAGUAACUUGCUUGCGUGCACGCGUGACUGAGCUUGAACAUAAUUUCCCAGUGCUCUCGAUAUUACUAUUAGUCAAACGAUAUGAAUUUUAAUCAUUAGCAACUAGCAUCCCGAAUUAUGUUGCCCUCCCGUGGCGAUAACUAUUCCGUCUUUGAAAGCAUAUGAAAUCAGAAUCGAAUUCUAAUUGGAUAGCCCAAAAAUUAAAUUUGGAAAAAAAAAACCAGUGAACCUUCCUACUUAGCAUUUCGUGACGGAUACUGAAAAGAAAUCCAAAAUAUCUCAACAAAAUUGUAAACAAUUACAAGAAAAAGCAUUCUAGAGUUACGAUAGUAGCACUACCACACUGAUAUAUUUGAUUGUAUGUGUUCGUUGUAGCUGAUGGCAGUAAAAACUAUAGGUUAACGUUUUCGGUGGGUAAUCUUCAUGCGAGAAGGGAAAAUAAUCCACAUGGAAGUGAAUAAAAACAAAUAUUAUGAAUCACAA